UGCCAGUUGUUUACGGAAGUGAUAUCAAGAGGCUAGGUUGCGCGCGCAACCGGUAGGCAGAAGGCAACAAUGGCCACCGACAACAAUGCGAAUCGCUGUAGCAUGGAAGUUAAACAAUGGUCAGAUUAUGUGCUGAAGUUAUCUGUUGAAGACCGCGAGAGGUAUAUUUCAAAGCUGACAUCUGGUGAGGGUACUCGUAGUUUGCCAGACCCCUAUUGUUUGGCGAGCGGCUGGGUUGACGACCCGUCUUUGUGGCCGGCCAUAACAUUUACGGACAUAUAUUUCUAUCUUGUGGAUACACCAGGACAAUUCACUCACGACAGUUUGAGGGCGUACAAAUCCUUAAAAGCGUACGACUACGUGGAAAGUGGACAUGUUUACCCUAUCUUUUAUAAUGCAAUUGACGACCAGUCACCUUACUGCAUUUUGAAGACGAAGGUGAUUCCAUCCCAGCGCCUUCGUGACAAACCACAUCAGCCAUGGGUUUGUGUCAAGAAAUCUGAGGGGACAGUGUUUUGUGCCCACUGCACGUGUAUGGCUGGACUUGGAGAGGUAUGCAGUCAUGUGGCAGCCCUACUGUCGUUCAAGGUUGAUGCAGCUGUGAGGGCAGGAUUAACCUCAAAAGCUUGCACCAGUGAAGCGUGCAAGUGGAAUGCUGCUUACAGAAAAGAACUCCAGCCCACCCCACUGUGUGAGGUUCAGCAUCUGUUUGGACGUCGUCGGAAGGCAAACACUCCAUCUGUGUCAGGAACAGGAAAAGCUCCACUUCCUGAUAUUGAAACACUUAAGUCGUUGAAAAGUGUAUGCCCUAAUGCUGACAGAAUCACUGAUGAAAAUCUCGAGUCUGUUUGUGAGGAGCAGUGGAACUCUUAUCAGUGCGAACCGGCACAGAUUAGCAACUUGGAGGAAGUUACCAAGAACCAAGCUAUUAGCCCUCUUUGGUUUGAACACCGAAAAGGAAGAAUAACCGGAACCAAAGCCCAUGAUAUCUUGGUGAUGAAGAAGACCACAGAUCCAAAGAACACCAUCAUGAAGGUAAUGGGCUAUAACACAAAGGACAUCUCCAAGAAAGCUGCAGUUGCCUGGGGCAGUGACAAUGAGGCCAGAGCACGUAAACAGGCUGAGCUGAGAUUUCCCCCGUGUAAAUGCUGGUAUGGCAAGCUGCGCACCACAUGCAGCAAGGUCAUCCGAAAUAAGGAAUCCGCGAUCAGCAAGGAUCAGAUCCCCAUGUUCCAGAAGCUGAAGGAAUCCUGA